UGAAUGAAUAACGCUCUGUUAUGGUCAAGAUACAAUGGCUAAAUAACCUUCACUGUAAGAGGCUUAAACUUUUCGUCUGUCAGAUUACCUCGUUAACCUUUCACCGGGCCUACCAUCAGCGAGUGUACAUGUAUGCUUAAACUAAAGAUAACACCUCAAACAGUUUUCCCAAACAGAUGGAAAUUACAUCUUUACUAACGGAUGAAAAAAGUGUUCAUUUUGUGUUAUGAUAUUGGCGUCUCAAGAUCAAAUGGAUUUAAACAUGCAUAAAAUGGCGAAUGUUUGUGGUGUGCUGCUUGUGUAUGCUUUGUGCUGUUCAAUGGAUACUAAUUGUGCAACGGAGAAUACGUUCAGACCAACAAUAGAUACGGUUUAUUCUCCGUAUUUUCGCUCUCAGAGUAUGUUUCAAGCAAAUCCAGUGAAAGUUGAAUCUCCGAGUGGUGACCCUGUUUUAGCAUUCUUUUUGGAUCGUUCGAAUCGUCUUCAGUCUAAAAUUGAAGUGAACAUGGAUACGGAAUUUACGGCGACGUUUGACGUCAUCGUUGUUUGCGCUAAUCCAGACGUUGGGUUAGUUGCAGAAGUUACGGUUGACGGGCUUGAAAGCAUUUCAAUUGUUGGGGAGAAUCGUUUUAUGUUUUCCUGCAGUAAUUUGACUGGCACUGAUCUAUUUGACCCUGCAAUUAUACUUCAACGUCAAAAUUCUUCAAAUUAUGUACGUCAACGUGAGGUAUUCGUCGCAGAACGUCAAAUCCACGUCAAAUUAAUCAGUGGCGUUAUCGGAUUCGGCACGUUACAUUUCCGUUUAUAUAACUUGACGUCUGGAACGGAAAAUUACAAUUCAAGAAAUGAUACGACUCUUCAUACAGACCAAAACAAUAAGACGUUGGUUUUAAGCGAAGAAAAUACUUAUGAAUCGCUGACGUACACCGUAACGGUUGUACGUAAAAUUCGGAUUGUCGAUAAGCUAUUUCGUAUUUGUAUCUUCUGUGUACAGAUAUUUGUGGCUACAGGGUUUGGUGCUAAACUUCACCUUGACGUCGUAAAAGAAAACGUACUGAAACCAAUCGCUCCAUGUAUUGGACUGGCGUCACAAUACUUAAUCAUGCCCCUGAUAGCAUUUGCAAUUGCGAAAGCCGUUCCCAUAGAUACGACAGUGAUCUCCCUGGGUAUUUUCGUGGCGGGGUGUUGUCCCGGGGGUGGCGGAAGCAACAUGUACUCCUAUCUACUUAAAGGUGACCUUGACCUCUCCAUCACCAUGACAGCGCUCAGCACCGUGUUAGCCCUAGCGAUGAUGCCGCUGUGGGUGUACACUCUUGGGUCGGUUUUCUUGACCGGAAGUGACCUUCAAAUCCCCUUCGAGACUGUCGCCGUCUCCCUAUCCCUUCUAAUCGUGCCACUGCUCGUCGGCAUCCUUCUCCGGCAGAAGUUCCCAAGUGCCGCCGACAAGCUCUCGAAAGCCCUAAAGCCAGUCAUAUUUAUAAUGUCCUUAAUCCUUCUCGUCGUCGGCGUGUAUUCCAACCUUUACGUCUUCCGGGUCAUCAGACCAAAUAUUCUACUGGCCGCUCUCUUGUUACCGUACAUUGGCUAUUUAUGCGGGGGAUUAUUUGCCUUUAUUUUCCGGCAACCGUGGACGCGUAUUAAAACUAUAGCUAUUGAAACGGGGAUGCAGAAUACAAACAUUGCCUAUAUAUUGCUCACAAGCUCGUUUCCGGCGCCGCUCGGGGACAUUGCCGCGGUAGCACCCGUUUCGUCAGCAGUUAUGACGCCACUUCCGCCGUUUGUUAUCACUGUGUUCUAUCUGAUUUAUCAGCGUUUCCGGCGGAAACGAGAUGGGAAGAAAGAUUUGAAAGGUGAAAACAACGCGAAUGACGUAGAGGCUCAUGAGAAAUUAACAGCGGAAGUGUGUGAAAAGGCGGAAGUGUGUAACGAAGCGGAAACGUGUGAACAUUCCGCUCAAAAAAAAAGUGUGAUUGACAAUACCUCUCCAGUUUGAUUAAAAAAAAUUAUUAUUGUUAGUUAACUUGGUUGUAGAUUUUAAAACUUGACUUCUUCUUUUUCGGAAAAAAUAUGAAAAAUGACAUUUAAUACUCAAUGUACAUAUAGAGAUUCAGAGUUUUUUGUGUUAAAAAAAUACUAGUUUACAAACGUUUCAAACAAACAACGUUGUUUUUUUUUCAUCAUAUUCGAAGAACAAAAAACGUGCAAAAUAAAGAGGAAAAAGCAUAACUAUUAGAAAUGUAUAAUUUUACCUACGUUUGGUUUCAAAAAAGUAUUUCAUUAUUCUAAAAAUGCUGACAAUGUAUUACAUAUUUCGUUAACAGUAACACACGCAUACCAAUUGUACUAUUGUUAAUAGUAACGUCCAACCUCGUUGGCUCAAACACCUAUGGACCGGCAAAAAUACCUCGAGCCUCAAAAUAUUCGAGCCAUGCGGGAAUGCUUAACUUAAGUAUAAAGAAAUCGUUCCUUUACAUCAAGUUUGAGCCAAGGAGGAAUUCGAAUUUGAGCAAACAAGGUUUAACUGUAUUUAAACUUUGAAUAAUAUGACAUUGUUAUAACUGAUAAAUAUCUAUGGCUAUACCAUACCGGUGAUUAUAUUACAUAAUGACGAAUGUGAAUAAAUAUCAUA